AUGAACAGCUCUUGCAGUGAGAACUACUUGGAUGAGCUAAGAAGAGGGCCAUGGACACUCGAGGAAGACAAUCUUCUUAUCAAUUACAUCACUCGUCAUGGUGAAGGCCGUUGGAACGCCCUAGCAAAAUCUUCAGGAUUGAAAAGAACCGGUAAAAGUUGCAGAUUGAGAUGGUUGAAUUAUUUAAAACCAGAUAUUAAGCGCGGAAAUCUUACCCCACAAGAACAAAUCUUAAUCCUCGAACUACAUUCCAAGUGGGGUAAUAGAUGGUCGAAAAUUGCACGCCACUUGCCAAGCAGAACAGAUAACGAGAUAAAAAACUACUGGAGAACAAAGGUACACAAACAAGCAUGCCACCUUAAGAUCGACUCCAAUAGCAAGAGGUUUGUGGAAACACUUCGGCGAUUUUGGAUGCCAAGAUUACUUGAACAAGUUGAACAAAACUCAUCCGCAUCGUCAUCAUCUAUUUGUACGUCAACAUCUGAGACAGAUCAAAACAACUUAAGCACUUCACCACAAACCGAACAAACUCUAAUAGUGUCAUCAGUAACAUCUUCUUCGCUUUCAAAUAAAAACGACAACCCUAAUCCGAGCUCAAGCAUUUGUUCCACAGAUUCCACAGCUAUGGUCUUUCCUGAACAUUUAAAUCUUCAAACAAACCCUAAUGGAGAAAUCGCUUACUACGGCUCAUCACGCCAAUACAACGACUGUUACCAUGUGAAUCUCAGUGAAUUUGACAUGGACUUCAUCCAUUUGGACAUGCAAGCAGUAGGACCUGGUGACAUGUCGGCUCCAGAAUUCCAGCUUACAGAAGUAGAUUGGAUGAAAGAUGAUGAAUUGGCUAGCACAUCUUGGAACAUGGAUGAAUUGUGGCAUUUUAGGAAGUAG